AUGCACAGAACUUAUUCAUUAAGAAGUCAAAGAGCUCCAACUGCUGCUCAAAUUCAAAGUCCUCCACCACCACCAUCAUCAACCAAAUCUAAAUUCUUUGGUAAGGGUUCAAUCUCCCAUAGUUUUAGAAAAUCUGCUGCCGGUGCUAUGGGACCUGAAUUAGCUAGAAAAUUAGCUCAAUUGAUUAAAAUGGAAAAGAAUUUAAUGAGAUCCAUUGAAAUCACUGCCAGUGAAAGAAAAGAAGUUGCUAAACAAUUAUCAGUUUGGGGUGAAGUUAAUGAUGAUGAUAUUAGUGACAUUACUGAUAAAUUAGGGGUUUUAAUCUUCGAAAUUGGUGAAUUAGAAGAUCAAUUCAUUGACAGAUAUGAUCAAUAUAGAAUUACCUUAAAAUCUAUCAGAGAUAUUGAAGGUUCAGUUCAACCAUCAAGAGAAAGAAAACAAAAAAUCACUGAUAACAUUGCUUACUUAAAAUAUAAAGACCCUCAAAGUCCAAAAAUUAAUGUUUUAGAACAAGAAUUAGUUAGAGCUGAAGCUGAAAGUUUAGUUGCUGAAGCUCAAUUAUCUAAUAUUACUAGAGAAAAAUUGAAAACUGCUUUUAACUAUCAAUUUGAUUCUAUCAGAGAACAUGCUGAAAAAAUUGCUUUAAUUGCUGGUUACGGUAAAGCUUUAUUAGAAUUAUUAGAUGAAAGUCCUGUUACUCCUGGUGAAACAAGACCUGCCUACGAUGGUUACGAAGCUUCUAAACAAAUUAUUAUUGAUGCUGAAAAUGCUUUAGCUUCAUGGACUUUCGAUUCUGCUGUUGUUAGACCAACUUUAUCUUUAGCUGCUGGUGAAGAAUACGAUGUUGAUGAUUUAGCUGAAGAUACUGAAGAUAUGCAAGUUGCUGAAAAGGAAUUUGCUUCAUAA